AAAAAGAGCAAAGCGCUCCUGUAAUAUGGACGAUCUUUGACCAGUGUUUUUGCAGGUGGGCCUUAAAAACAGCUGAGCCCCCGUCACAUAGAGGAUCUUUGACUUGCGUUUUUGAAGUAGGUCCUUAAAAGCAGCAGAGUGCUCCUGUUUUAUAGGUGAUCUUUGACUAGCAUUUUUGCAGGAUGUCCUUAAAAACAGCAGCGCGGGGAUUGGAACACCAAUAUAAGUUAAACCUUCAAGAUGAAACACUCUUAAUACACAACUUAAUCAUCUAACUUACUUAGUCAUAUAACUCACACAGAGCAAUGAAGAACUUCACCUCGUUUCUCCUUUCUUCUUUCUGCUAUGACCGUGCGCUCUGUGCUAUGAUGCGUUCAAGUGACCUCGUAAUUGUGUUAGGCGGUAAUUGUUUUUCAUUUUUAUUCACAAACCCCCAAAGACAAUUGGCGUACCCCACUUUGGGAUAUAGAGCAUCUUUGACUAGCAUUUUUGCAGGUUUUAGUACCACAAUGUGCUCCUGUCAAAUCAAGGAUCUUUGACUAGUGUUUUCCAGGUAGGUCUUGGAAAACAGCAGAGCCCUCCUGUAUAGAGGAUCUUUGACUAGCAUUUUUGCAGGUUUUUUUAACACCACAAUGUGGCCCUGUCAUUUUGUGGAUCUUUUUUUUUCCAGUACCGUAAAUCACGGUGUAUGAACCGCACUUUUUUUCCAACGGUAAGAAGCAAAAAAUCGUGGUGCGAGUUAAACUCGAUGACAGGUCUGUGACCAAACUCGGUACGGGGAGAAAUUGACCAGAAGCCCAUUUUAGAAUAGCUGUCUGUGGGUCAGACAGUUGCUUUGACUUUAGCGCCCUCUGCUGUACAGUUGCUGAAAAUGCUUGUGUAUGCAAUUUCUUUCUAACUUAUCCGACGGCUGUCUUUAUUUUCACACAGUGAAACGAUCUCUAUAUGCACUGAAGCUAACCUAAGUUUCCAUUAAAACAUUGCAGAUGAUGUAAAAUACAAUACAACGUUGGCGUUUAUUCAAAUUCACACUGAAGCAAUGCAGCGUUAUGUGUUAUGUACAAUACAUGGAUAACUGAUCCGCAUGCGCAGAACGCCGCUCUAUCACCACUCGCGUCACCGCUAAACCAACACUCGCUACCGUUAAAUCAAGGCUAAAGCAACGCCGGCUUCAGCGGUGCACCGCUAGGACAACACCCGUGUUUUCAUUUUCUUUUCCCAUUUUGUGCGCGGUGACGAGCGUUGUCGAAAUUCGGCCCCCUCUUCCUCCCGUUCAAGGUACGCUACAGCAAAGUUCGGGCGGUGUGACCGGGCCUGUACCCUCUCAAAAUGCCACGACGAUCUUUCACCGCAGCGUUAAAAUUUUCCGUCUGCUGGUAUGCAGAAGAGUUUGGGAACCGGGCAGCAGGACGGCAGCGUGGCGUGGACGAGUCAGUCAUCCGGCGUUGGCGAGCGGACAUCAUUGGUGUUCUCAAACAGCGAUGAAGCCCCCAUUAACAAGAAGCUCCCCAAAGAGCUGCUUCUUAGAAUAUUCUCCUAUCUGGAUGUGGUUACACUCUGUAGGUGUGCCCAAGUAUCCAAGGCAUGGAACGUUCUGGCCCUGGAUGGCAGCAACUGGCAGAAGAUCGACCUUUUCAACUUCCAAACGGACAUCGAGGGCCGCGUGGUGGAGAACAUUUCCAAGCGUUGCGGAGGCUUCCUGAGACAGCUGAGCCUCAGAGGCUGCCUCAGCGUGGGGGACGCCUCCAUGAAGACUUUUGCACAGAACUGUCGAAACAUCGAAGUGCUGAACCUGAACGGCUGCACCAAGAUCACAGACAGCACCUGCCUCAGCCUCAGCAAGUUUUGCUCCAAGCUCAAGCACCUCGAUCUCACCUCCUGCGUGUCCAUCAGCAACCAUUCCCUCAAGGCCCUCAGUGACGGCUGCAGAAUGCUGGAGAUGUUGAAUCUGUCCUGGUGUGACCAGAUCACACGCGACGGCAUCGACGCUCUGGCUCGAGGCUGCACGGGUUUACGAGCGCUGUUCCUCAGAGGCUGCACGCAGCUGGACGACGGCGCCUUGAAGCACCUUCAGAAGCACUGCCAAGAGCUCACCACCUUAAAUAUGCAGUCUUGCAUGCAAAUAACAGACGACGGCCUGGUGAGUCUGUGCCGAGGAUGCCACAAGCUACAGAUCCUGUGUGUGUCUGGCUGCAGCAACAUCACUGACGCCUCCCUCACUGCACUGGGACUCAACUGUCCCCGACUCAAGAUCCUUGAAGCUGCUCGAUGCUCCCAUGUCACAGACGCUGGGUUCACCGUGCUGGCCAGGAACUGCCACGAGCUUGAAAAAAUGGACUUAGAAGAAUGUAUUUUGGUGACAGACAACACCCUGGUUCAACUAUCCAUCCAUUGCCCCCGCCUGCAAGCAUUGUCCCUGUCUCACUGCGAGCUGAUCACGGAUGACGGCAUCCGGGCACUGAGCAGCAGCGCCUGUGGCCAGGAGCGCCUCACGGUGGUGGAGCUGGACAACUGCCCCCUUAUCACCGACGUGACCCUGGAACACUUGAAGAGCUGCCACCGGCUGGAGCGCAUCGAGCUCUACGACUGCCAGCAGGUCACCCGGGCCGGCAUCAAGCGGAUCCGGGCCCAUCUUCCAGAGAUCAAGGUCCAUGCCUACUUUGCCCCGGUCACGCCCCCUCCCUCUGUGCACGGAGGCGGGCAGCGUCUGUGCCGCUGCUGCAUCAUCCUCUGACAGUGGAGGGCCAGGGGGGGCCACCUCUGUCUGCAGGUGCUGCUGCUCUGAGACGGGGGCGGGGGCGGUAACAAUUGGGGUAGGACCUGAUUGGGGGGGAGGAGGGGCUGGACCCACUCGACCGCUCCUGGUCACAGACCAUGACUACACGGACGUAUCGCCGCUGGUCCCCGAUCGGCUCCACCCGCCCCUCCUCUUCCUCAUCAGGACAUCAGCAUGGCGGGACGACAAGGACGCUGUAUCAUCCGCUCUUUCUCCGUUUGGACAAAAAAAACCUGUUCCACUCCUCACAGCCCGACUGCAGCGUGUCGUUUUCAAAGGAAAAGAAAGGAACAAUGAAAAGGACAAUUUUAUCUUGUGGGACAGCCAUCACGUGACCAUCCUGCGAUUCAUGCUGCGAUUCAUCCUGCUUCACGCAGCGGACACGCAGCGUGGACCAGACCAGCAUGGCAAAUCUACAACCCAUCUAGAUCAGCAAGAAAACAGCAAGUAGAAAAACGGACCAUGUGACAUAGUUGUACAUCUGAGAUGUUUGUACAGUUUUUGCAAUGACGCUGCAUCGAGGUAGGCCAACAAAAGAAAAGGUUUUAUUUCCUUUUUGUUCCUUUGCUUGUGGUACGGGUGGUCCUCGGGUUACCAACCACUUCCGCUCCUAGACUGUGAUGUAAGUCCAGUUUUUUAAGUCGGAACUUAUUCUACCUAAAUUACACCUAAAUGAACACCUACACCUGGGGUGUCCAAAGACACGUCCUAAAAAUAUAACUGAACAAGAAAACAGAACAGCAAAAAUGGAAAAUCAGCAGUAAUGUAGAAUAAAGAAUAAAUAAAGAAAAAGAAUAAAGUGAAAAUAAGCGAAAAAGUGAGGAAUGAGGAAUAAUAAUGUCAUUUUAGUAGCAUAACCUUGAAAUAUUACACCUUUUUUUUAAGAUGGAAUAUUAUGAGAUAUAUUAAAAAUAUGACAAAACUUAAUAUUGGGGAAAUUACGUCAGGGAAAACGUUAGAAUAUUACAGAAAUAAAGUCAAAAUAUUAUGGGAAUAAAGUCAUAAUGUUAUGAGAAGAAUAUUUACAAGAAGUUGAAAUAUUUGGAAAAUUAUUUUAAAAAAGGGACAGCAGAAAUGGUAAAAACAGCAGAAAUUUUAGAAGUUAAAGUAAAAAUAUUACGAGAAAAAAAUCGUAUUUGAACGAGGAGUUGCAAUUUUAUGAGAACAACCUGUAAUAUGAGUAAAAAUUAUGUAAUUUUAGUAGCAUAGUGUUAAAAAAAUGUAAAGGAAAAAUAAUUUUAAAAAAAGUCAUAAUACGAGAAACAAAACAACAAAUAAAGUUGUAAUUUUUGGGAUAUUAAGUUGGAGACAAAGUUAUGAGCAUGAAGUCAAAAUACUAUGGGAAUAAAGUCAGUUUCGAGAAGAAAAUUUCCAAAUGGAAACUUGAAAUUGUUUGAAAAUAAAAAAUAAAAAAAACAGCAGAAAUUGAAAAAAACAACUGUAAUUUUGUCAGAAUAAAGUCAAAGUAUUAAGAGAAAUGUUUUUUAAUGAGAAAAAAAACGAAUUUUAGGCAAAAUUGCAAUAUUAUGGGGAAAUAUAAAUGUCAUUUUAGUAGCAUUUCGCCUAAAUCACAAAGCUGAACUGCAGUUUAUUUUUCUUCAAAUGUUACAAGAUAUCCAAGUGGCAAAGUUGCAUCCUUUCAUUUUUCACUAUGUGGCCUUCGCUAGAAAAGGUUUGGACACCCCAGGUCUACAGAGAAAAACAUAAGCAAUAUAUAUAAAAUAUCAUCAUAAAAAGAUGAAAAGAAACAGUAAUAAAAAGAGAACUGCUUUUAUUGUCUUGCAGGACUUUCUAUGUAGUCUGGAAGGAUUAUCUCUUUGUAACAGCGCACCAAAUCCAUGACCCCUUUAGCAUUCAUUAGCAUUUAAUCAUCUUUAUUAAUGAUGCUCGCCACAGUUGAGCCAAAAGAGUGGCCAAUAUUGGCCUCCUUUGAUGCUCAUUUUCACUUCCAUGGUGAUGGCUUUCCUUUUCUUUGGUGCACUGUGAGACAUAAUGGAGUCCAAAACGUUAAAAUACAGUGGUGUGGAAAAAGUGUUUGCCCCCUUCCUGAUUUCUAAUUUUUUUGUAUGUUUGUCACACUUAAAUGUUUCAGAUCAUCAAACUCAUUUAAAUGAGUCAAUGACAACACGACUGAACACAAAACACAGUUUUUAAAGGAAACUUUUUAUCAUUAAGGGAGAAAGAAAUCCAAAGCUCUGUGGCCCUGUGUGAAAAAGUGAUUGUCCCCCGUUAAGACAUAACUUAACUGAGGUUAAUUGAGAUCUAUCAGUGUGGAAAAGGUUAUAAAGCCAUUUCUAAAGCUUUGGGACUCCAACGAACCACAGUGAGGGCCAUUAUCCACAAAUUACGAAAAUGUGGAACAAUGAUGAUCAAGACCAAAACCACUGCUGAACAAAACAAUAUUAAGGCUUGUUUCAAUAUUGUGGUCUGACGAGACAAAAGUUGAACUUUGUCGGAAGGUGUGUGUCCCGUUACAUCCGGCGUAAAACUAACGCCGCUUUUCAGAAAAAGAACAUCAUACCAACAGUAAAAUAUGGUGGUGGUAGUGUGAUGGUUUGGGGCUUUUUUGCUGCUUCAGGACCUGGAAGACUUGCUGUGAUAAAUGGAAAUAUGAAUUCUGCUGGCUACCAAAAAAAUUCUGAAGGAUGUCCGCCCCCAAUUUGUUGGUGGCCUCAAGCUGAAAGCAACUUGGGUUCUGCAGCAGGACAAUGAUCCAAAACACACCAGCAAGUCCACCUCUCAAAGGCUGAAGACGUUGGAGUGCCUGACUGACCUGAAUCCUAUUGAGAUGCUGUGGCAUGACCUUAAAAAGGCGCUUCAUGCUGGAAAAGCCUCCAAUGUGGCUGAAUGACAACAAUUCUGCAAAGAUGAGUGGGCCAGAGCGCUGUAAGAGACUCAUUGCAAGUUAUCACAAACGCUUGAUUGCAGUUGUUGCUGCUAAGGGGGGCCCAACCAGUUGUUAGCUUUAGGGGGCAAUCACUUUUGCACACAGGGCCACGUAGCUUUUGAUUUUUUUUCUCCCUUAAUAAUAAAAGGUUAAAUAAUAAAACUGUUUUAUGUUCAGUUGUGUUGUCAUUGACUUAUAUUUAAAUUUGUUUGAUGAUCUGAAACAUUUAAGUGUGACAAACAUGCAAAAUAAGAAAUCAGGAAAGGGGCAAACACUUUUUCACACCACGGUGAAAUGUUUUUCCUCCCGAGUGGACUGUGCUGUCACUAGUUCUCCAGUGAGGCUCAUGCUUACUGACCAAAGUGAAGUUUUGAUAAAUUUAUGGGAGUGCGUUCGAAAACCGAGGAGCACCUGUUCUGGUCCCCUUCCUGUCUGUCCACAGAGAUGCUUGGAUUUGCGUUACGAAAUGCAGAGGACACUUGCUGUUUGACAGGAAAAAAAGAUGUGUAAUUAAGAGCCACAAUGUUUUCAAAGUAUUAUCAGGGCUUUUCCUGGCUAAGACUCUCAACCAAUCCUGGCAGUAGCCCCGUGCACUAGCUCCUAUUUGAGCGUUUGUUUACAUCCUGGAUUACUUUAGCUAGCACCCCAACACAAAUUUGUUUACAUUUUUUAGUCUUGAUGAGUCCAGUAGGAAUCCUUUUCAUUGGAUUGUUAUUUCAAAUUUACUGUGCAUUAGACACCAAUCAGGGCUGGUUUUUGCUGCCAGGUUAACUGGAAUGUGUUUGCACUUUUUUUUUUUUGACAAUCACAAAUUCAUAGGAUUUGAAAAAUACGUGAACCAUCUGGACAGGCUCUACAAUCUGUGGUUGAAGAAAACCGUUACAGACUUUGAUGUCAUCCUGUUGAUCUUUUCAUCUUCUUGCCCUGGACAACAGACUACUAUGUAGUGCCAAGAGACUUUCCAGCAGGAUGAUGGACAGAUGUAGAAAGAUGAUUGACAGCCGAGCUGACUGACUCGCUAACGCCCUCUCCUUGACAGCUCUUCUAACAGUUUUAUGUUUGAGAAAAUAAACGGGAAAAAUAAACAGAUGGAUGAAUAAAAUUCAACAAUAGAAAACGUAA